CGCUCGCGCGCACCCCUCCGGGACUAGAGUCCGAGAACUGCGGGGGGGCGCUGGAGAGGAGUGGCCGGAGCAGCCGGGUGAGCCUUCUAGAAAGUAGCUGAGGAAGUUGGUCGGCGGGACAGAGGGUUAAAGUCCAUCACCAUCAUGUGGAGGAACAUGGCAGCAUGCAGAGAAGGAGCUUGAGCAAAAGCUGGGAGCUCAUAUCUUGAGACACCACCACCAGGCUGAGAGAACUGGGAGUAGUAUUGGCAUUUCGAAUCCCAAAGCAUGUCCCCAGUGACACAGUUCCUCCAACAAGGCCUCUCUAAUCCUUCCUUCCCAAACCAUUCUAUCCACUGGGGAUUAAGUAUUCAACUGCUUGUGUCUGUUGGGGCCAUUUUCCUUCAAACCACCACAGUGAGUAUACACAGAUGUCCCAGUCAGGGGACAGCUUCUGAGAGUCUUCUCUUUUUCCACCUUAUGAAUUCAUGGAAUGGAACUCAGGUCAUCAGAGUAUCCAUAUUUCCGUGUCAGUGUCCAACAGUUUUGAUUCAUCAUGGAUAAUCUGUCACCAGAAGAAAUUCAGCUUCGAGCUCACCAAGUUACUGAUGAGUCUCUGGAAAGCACGAGGAGAAUCCUGGGUUUGGCCAUUGAGUCUCAGGAUGCAGGAAUCAAGACCAUCACAAUGCUGGAUGAGCAAGGGGAACAACUACAUCGCAUAGAAGAAGGCAUGGACCAAAUAAAUAAAGACAUGAGAGAGGCAGAGAAGACUUUAACAGAACUCAACAAGUGUUGUGGCCUCUGUGUCUGCCCUUGUAAUAGGACAAAGAACUUUGAGUCUGGAAAGAACUAUAAGGCAACAUGGGGAGAUGGUGGCGACAACUCCCCUAGCAAUGUAGUGUCUAAACAACCAAGCCGGAUGACAAAUGGUCAGCCUCAGCAAACUACAGGAACAGCCAGUGGUGGAUACAUUAAACGUAUAACUAAUGAUGCCAGAGAAGAUGAGAUGGAAGAGAACUUGACUCAAGUGGGCAGCAUCCUAGGCAACCUAAAAAACAUGGCUCUGGAUAUGGGCAAUGAGAUUGAUGCUCAAAACCAGCAAAUACAGAAGAUCACAGAAAAGGCUGACACCAACAAGAAUCGUAUUGACAUUGCCAAUACAAGAGCAAAGAAACUCAUUGAUAGCUAAAGCCCUGCUGUACUUCUUUACCUGUUAACUCAGUUCUCUUGCUCCUGCUGAGUCAUUUCUUAUUCAGAGUUUGAAAGACUAUGAGAGAAGGACGGGAGAAGGAAUGCCUCCCUACUUUCUUACUUUGUCUUUUUGGGGUAGGUUCUUGCUCAGGCUUCCUUACCGUCUUUCUCUGUCCAUUCUCGUAGGCUUCUUUCCAUAUGUCACACGGACUCUUCAUUUCUUCAUUUAGCUUCUUUUUGCAUUCAAGAUUUAGAAGCAUUGCCCAAGAGCCACGAAGGAGGCAGCUGUAUAAGUAGCUUUUGUCAUUAUUGGUUGAUUGGUUUGGUUUUGGUUUUGUGGUAAAGAGCAAGAGGGAAGGAACAAGAAAUGAAGUUAACUCAUUAAAGAAACUACAGGUCACAAUACAAAGGGUUAGUGCUUGGGGUAGGAGCUUCCCGCACGUAUGUUUUGUUCUACAUUACAGUUUUCAGCUUCUGCUCCAAAGGAGAAUACAGUGAGUUUUCUAGAAGUGAGCUUCACUUCUGAACCCAUAGUGAUGUGUAUGUGUGUGUGUAUGUGUAUAUAUAUAUAUAUAUGUUCUUGGAUUCCGUUCAUAUUGCACAUUCAGGAACACUAUAUAAACGAGUGCCUUUUAUCUCAUACAGUGGGACUGUCAUAGCACGGUCCCAUUGUAGGCCUGUUAGCUUCAUGAAGUUGUCACUAGCCUUGAAAAGAUACACAUAUAUAUAUAUAUGAAGUCGGUGACUUCCUCACUAAAGUGGGACUUCAAAUUUUUUGGGAAACUUUCACAGUAUAUCAUGUGAAUUCAGAUUUACCUCAAUACUAAGAAUUAUGUUUAGAUAUGAAAAAAACUUUCGGUCUCAGGUAGAAAAAUAGAUUGAGUUUUGUAUAGUUUUAGACAUUUAAAAAGUUGUAAUUUGUUACUAAAAGUUGUUUGGAAAAUUAUGCCUUUGGAUUAAUUAUUGAUGACUACACUGCCAUUCUCUCUGCCUUACGCACAGAAUCAAGUUUGUGUAGAUCAUGAAGUGUUAGGGAAGCUGAACUGGCAUUUGUCACCUUUGUUUAAAAAUUAGCAUCUGUAUACAUUAGAGCUACCAAAGUAGAUAGGUUUGAUCAAUAACCAUUGCUUGAUUCUUACAAUUAAAUUUUGUAAUUAAUGGUAUUGUUCUUUCAAAUAAUGCUUCUAUGACUUAUUUGUGGGGGCAAUCAUUUUAUCAGUUUUUGUUGACAUUAAAUAAAGCAAAUGUCCAUACAUCAAGCACUGCAAUAGAAA